AUGUCGCUGCCUGUUAUCUCCGUUGCGGGAAAUGGGUUAUUGAGUGGUGGCAAUCGAUUUCAGAUUAGAGGUGUCUCUUAUGCCGAAAGAUCUUCUGGUUUUCUAACUCCAAUCGAUGUUUUGGCCGAUUCACGAGCCAGCCAGUGUGCAAUCGAUGGGCCUAUCAUAAAGGCACUGGGGGCGAACACUAUCAAUGUGUACUACACCGAUGCGACGCAGAGCCACGAUAAAUGCAUGCAGAUUUUUGAGGACAAUGGAAUAUAUGUUAUUGCGAACAUGGCAAGUCAAAGGGACUCGACCCUUGUGAACAUGACAGAAAUGGAUGUUAGGCCAAACAUAGCCAACUUCACCUGGCAAAUGGACGUUUUCAAACAAUACGCAGCUGUUCUUGAUUCGAUGGCCGGGUAUAAAAAUCUCCUGGGGCUUCUUAUUGGAAAUGAAAUUGUUUCCGGUCCCCACAUGGAGGAUCAAGUUGACGUAGCCCCGUAUCUAAAGGCUGCAGUUCGGGAUAUGAAAGCGUAUACUGCGGCUAGGCAGUAUCGUCCCAUACCGAUUGGAUACGCCACAAGUGCAGAAGAUACCUACAUGCAAGAGUUAGGAGAAUAUCUUGUGUGUGGAGGCAAGAGUAAUGAGGCCAUCGACUUCUAUUCAGUCAAUGGAUGCCAGUGGCGUGGGAGUUCACCCGUGAGCGCCUCUGACUACGAUGAAUUGACGUCGAAGCUAGAAGGCCUAGCAGUUCCCGUAUUCUUUUCUGAAAAUAGCUGCAAUGCCUUUCCUCCACAGCUCUUUGGGGAUCAGUCUGCGAGUUCUGAAGCAAGUAACCACGGGCUUGUCUCAUACACUACUUCUGGGAUUAGUACGCCAACAACUCUCCCCGACUACGAUGCUUUGAAAGGCCGGUGGUCCGCUGUGACUACAAAUACCCAACCGCCAUCUGCUUUUUCUACUCCUUCCUGCGCCACCUCGGUCAAUUCACUCUGGCCUAUUAACCCCAUUGCCGCCUUACCAACAAUUGCGGGUCUUGACUUUGCGACUAUCAAAGCGGCGAGUGUCAGCGGUGCUGCGCAUGGCACCAGGACACUUACGAUUAGAAGCACCCCCAGUAGCAAUCCCAGGAAGACCAAACAUGAGAUUGGUGUUAUGGCUGGAAUCGGUGUUGGUGCUGUGUCCGGUAUGGUGCUCGUUUUCGCCGCCAUUUUCACUUUCUUUUUCCAUCGUCGACGCAGAAGAAGAAAUCGAGCGAGAAAGACAUCAUCCUCGGUGGAAGAAGCCUCAGACACACUCGCUCCAGGAAGUUUCAAUAAUACUGCUCCCCUAGUUGAAUUGGCCCAUAUCGAUUCACCGAAUAGUCUGCAAGACUUGGAUCCCAAGGCCGAAGAGCUUGACUCUAUUGUGGUUCAGAAGGCUGACAAUGGGAAGGGAGAGGCGUGA